AUGAAUGAAAAUUUUAACAAUCUAUCAGAAAAUCUUCUUUGUCAAUCUAAGGAAGCCAUAUCUAACUUGGGACGAUGUUUAGAGGCAUUUCAAUGUCAAUACACAAAGACUAAAGAAGAAGAGGAGUGUCUAAUAAAAUACGAAAAUUUUUUAUCAAAUUUAACCUCACUGCAGGUAAGGUCUGAACACUUAAAACAAAGAUUAUUAGAUGGUGGUACUAACAAAAAUUAUUUUGCGCAAGACCUUUCAAAACUACUAAAUGAAUUUCAAAGUAUAUCAAACCAAUUGUCUCAAAUUAGUGUUUUAUCUGAAAAUCAAAACAAAAAGCCCUCUAUAGAUCAAAAUUAUAAUACAUCUUCGGAUUCAGAAGACUCACAAUCUGAUGAUAACAAUAUCAAUGAAAAAGAGAAAAAUAAGAAAGUUGGAACAGAAACAAAGGGCCCAUCUAAUGAGAGUUCACCAGCUUCUAUUCUUUCCUUUAAACCUAAACCUCUAAAAUUAAAAGAAAGACAGGAUGAGCUUUGUGUUAAUGCAAAUGAUAUUACCGUGACUAAAAGAACAAUAAACACAAAUUCUAUCACUAAUGCCAAUACACUCAAUAAUAAAAAUGUUGCUGGCAGCAUCAGACAGGCAUCCUUAAACUCACCUACUAAAAAAAGACAUUCUAGACGUAGAAAUUCGAACGAUGAAGUUACAUUGCCGUCAUUUUUUAAUAGAAGGAAUAGAAUUUCUUUAGCUUUAGUUACUGAUGAAGAUGACUAUAAUACAGAUGAUGAAACAAUAAUAUUGAAUAACCAUCCAGAUGAUACUGAUAUACCUUUUGAGCCCUUGCGUAAAUACAAUUCCCAUGAAAGUCUUUUAUCUGUUAAGCACGUUCCCCUCAAACGUGUUUCUGGCUUUUUACUUCCUCAAAAAAAUUUAAAAUCUACGACAGCCCAAACAGUUACUUCAAGGAAUAUAUAUGGUGGUGGUAUUACAACUACUAGGGAUAAGCAAUUUUCAUCUACCAAGCAAUACCUAUCCGAAUUAGUUCAAGAAAGAAAAGUUCCACAACAUUCUACAGCGAAGUUAGGAUUUUGGGGCCAAUUAAAAAAGUACGCAGCACCAUCAAUACCUACAGCUCCCUCUACACCAAUUGUUAUCUCAAAUAACGUAAUAACGAAACAAUCACACGUUAAUUUCGACGUCUUAGAAGAUGCUUUAAAUUCGACGCUAUUUUGA